CGAUCAUGCUCGCCAUGUUUACCAUCACAAACGUGUCGCAUUUCGUCCUAGCAGCAGCCAUCGCCAUGGCCUGCGUCGUGCUGCUGCUGUCGUCUUCCUCCUGCCCGUCCGGCAUCAAGCUCGCCUUGCGCAACAAUGAAACACAAGCAGAUCCCAGCAUGAGGGCUGCUGCCGUGACUAGUACUACACCUGGUGACGACCUAGCCGUGCUACUGAGAAGCGCGGCAAUGGAAGACAACACCGUGAUAAUGACCUUCACGAACGGGGCCAUGUCAUCGCCCGGCUCACUCCUGGACCUCUUCCUGGAGAGCUUCCGUGUUGGCGACAAGACAGAGCCCCUGCUGAAGCACCUCGUCGUCAUCAACACGGACAACAAGGCUUUGGAGCAGUGCAAGCUCGUGCACCCAUUGUGCUACCGGCUAGACAUUGGCGGCGGCAUCAACUUCACGGCGGAGAAGUGGUUUAUGAGCAGGGACUACCUGGAGAUGAUGUGGGCUAGGAACAGGUUCCAGUCUCGUGUCCUGGAGAUGGGCUACGGUUUUGUCUUCACGGACGUGGACAUCGUGUGGUUCCGGAACCCGCUGCUACAAGUUCCAGUGGCCGCGGACAUCGCCUUUUCAUGCGAGAGGUACAACGACCAAGCGGACCCAUACGACCUGCGGAAGGACGCCAACGGAGGGUUCCUCUACGCCAAGCCAAACAUGAGGACAAUCAGGUUCUUCAAGAGCUGGUACGAGGCGAGGGCCGUGUACCCGGGCCGGAACGAGCAGUAUGUGUUCGGUGGGGUGAAGCGAGAGCUGUCAGUGCGGCACGGCAUAACGUUGCUCUUCAUCGACACGGCUUACUUUGGCAGCAACUGCCAGCCCAAGAAGGACUUCCAGCGGCUAUGCACGUUUCACGCCAACUGCCUCAAAGGGAUGAGUAACAAGGUGAACCUCCUCCGAGGCAUCAUGGGUGAAUGGAAGCAUUUCAGGAAUAACACUAGUGUUUCACACUGAUGUAACAUUUUAUAGGCAAAAUUAUGCUAUAUUUCAAGCUAGAGCAUAUGGAAUAUUUUAGGUGAUUUCAAACUUGGAAUAAUAAUGUUACCAUGUAUAACAAUGU